AUGUCUGAAAAAUCAGUGGAGUUAUAAGCAGAAGGAAUUUUAUUAAUUUGUUUCUUCUGCUCACUUUCAAUUAUUAAGAUUAAGUACAAGGUUUAUUUUAACCUUGGCCUCUUUAUCUCAUAAUUAUUGAUAUUAUUGAUUCAUUAUAAGGAUGGUGCAAUUGCAUAUUAUACUAUUUUUUAGAGUUGCAUGACAUUUAUAGUUCAAUAUCAUUUUUUUUGCUAGGAUUUAGAUUGUUAUGUUGCAUUUGGUAUUGUAGAUGUUACAUAAAGAAAUCCAGCUUAAGAAGCUAAAAAUUUUGUUGAUGACAUGAUUUCUAAUAAAUUGGAGUCUAAUGGAGGAAGAGGAAAUGUAUAAGUCUCUGAAGAAACUAAGUAAUUACUAGAAAAAUCAUAUCCAGAUCAUCUCUUAUCAAAUAUUUAAUAUAAAUUUAUUAAUGUCUUAUAAGAUUUAUUUGAAUAUUAUUUUAAGAUCUAUUUUUUAAGAUUAUUUUGA